AUGGGAGUGAAGCGAUCCAUCGAGGCAUUCAUCGAGAACAGUCGUGAAGAUGCUGAACUACGAGUAGCCCAGACCAAUGUUGUAUCCCGCCACCUGAGCCACAUCUUCACAACCACAAAGGCGCUGAAGUACUCGGCGCUGACAGAACAUGAUUUGGACACCUUAAGGAUCAAAUUGUCCGAGCAAGAUCUGGAAGGAGAAUGCUCUGCCGGCCAUCAGACAUUUUACCAGCCCCUACCAAAAUCAGAGUUACCGGAAAUUGACUGGGAAAAGGUGCACUUUUCAAAAUGGCAUGAGGGGCGCAAAAGUGAGCCCCGCCGGGUGCACUAUACGCUUCGUAGUGUUUCUGGCAGAAUCUAUGCUGCAUGGUUUCAUGAUCGCAAGCACCAAACCUGGGUACAUAGGCAAUGCUACCGCGCAAAGCCCCGUAUUGCUAGUGGCGAGCAUACACCAGAUGUGCCGUAUUCAUGGCAAAUUGUUGAAGAAAUGGAAGCGGAUACGUUGGACAUCCCCCACUGCAGUUUCCAGAUGUACAACUACGCUGAUCCCGAAGAAGCCCUGCGCCGGAGUGAAGUCUUGGCUAUUGUCGGAUUCAUGCGAUGGCGGUUGAAUCGAUUUGAUUAUAUCAAGCAUCGCACAUUUCCGGUCCUGGUCGUCUCCAUCUUCCGCUCCCAGGCUCGAAUCUUGCAAGCAUAUCACGACGGAGAGUAUCUUCACAUUUCGAAAAGCAAAUUCUUUGAUUUCACCGAGAGCCGUCGUGAGAAUUAUGAACUAUUCGCGCGGUGGAUCUAUAGUAUUCCCUGCGGGGACACUCAAACCCCUCUGGCAAUCAAGGGCGAGGAGUUGCCUCAGCGGAGCUACGAUCAGAUCAACAAGGGAUUUUGUCAUCUUGUACGACAGGCAGAGGCCUACCAUAAACGCAAGAAGCUGAAGGGAUAG